UAACGAUGAAUAUCCCGGCGUUCCAUGAAUGCAACAUCUCCUACUUGAGAAACAUGGCGACCUGCAUGAACGCGGUGGCGAGAGCUAGAUGCGUCGCCCUGACAGCGUUACAGCCGCUCGGGAGACGGUGGUCCCCGAGGCGGAGGGGCGCCGGCGUCGUCCCGCAGCGCCUCUGGCACGGAGCCCGGAGCAGUCUGUACGAGCACGUCCGGGAGGGCUACAGCGACAAGCCCGAGCUGGACAUGACGGCGGUGUGCGAGGAGACCGACAAAGUCAUCGCCAACGUGGAGAGCAGGAAGGGAGACCUGCGAGGGGACGAUGUCAGGAAAAUUGUGAGCGUGUGGCAGGAGCUGCGAGCGGUGAGGACUGAAAUCUCUGAGCUGGAGGAGGAGAAAAGACGCAUCAGUGAGACAGUCAAAGCACUGGUGGCCCAAAAAGACAAGAAGUCCCUCGCUAAUCUCCCAGAGUACACCCAGGCCCUGCAGAAGGGCCGGGACAUCCGCAGCAGACUCAACCGGCUGUACGUCGUAGACACCGAACUGGACCAGGAGCACUACAGCCGAGCGCUGCGACUGCCCAACGGCACGCACCCGGACGUGCCAGUUGGAGAUGAGAGCCAGGCGAGGGUGGUGGAGUUUGUAGGACAGAAAGCAGAGUUUGAAUUUAAGCCCAGAGGCCACGUAGAGCUCGGGGAGGAGUUGGGCCUCAUCAGGCAGAGGCAUCUGUCUCACGUCUCCGGCCACCGGUCCUACUACUUGAGGGGAGCGGGGGCCAGACUUCAAAUCGCACUCCAGAACUUUGCACUCGACACGCUGCAGCGACGGGGUUUCGUUCCCAUGGUCGUGCCGGACAUGCUGAAGGGGGUGGUGUUUGAGGGUUGUGGGAUGCAGCCAAACGCCCAGCGCUCUCAGGUCUACUCGCUGGACCCGGCACGCUUCCCAGACCUCAACCUGGCUGGGACGGGGGAGGUCGGUGUGGCAGGUUAUUUCAUGGAUCAUGCUGUAAACUGGAAGGACCUGCCCGUCAGGACGGUGUGCAGCAGCACCUGCUACAGGGCGGAGACGGACACCGGGAGAGAGACGUGGGGUCUUUACAGAGUUCACCACUUCAAUAAGGUGGAGAUGUUUGGAGUGACCGCGGACGAGACGGGAGAGGAGAGCUCUCAGCUGCUGGAGGAGUUUGUCUCCUUGCAAAAGGAGAUGUUUUCUGCCCUGGAGCUACACUACAGAGUGCUGGACAUGCCUACUCAGGAGCUGGGUCCUCCUGCGUACAGGAAGUAUGACAUCGAAGCGUGGAUGCCAGGGAGGAACAGCUAUGGAGAGAUUUCCAGCGCGUCCAACUGUACGGACUAUCAGAGCAGACGCCUCAACAUCCUGUAUGAGAGGGAGGACGGCAGCCUGCAGUACGCCCACACAGUCAACGCCACGGCAUGCGCAGUUCCUCGAAUGGUUAUUUCCAUCCUGGAGACUCACCAGACCAAAGAUGGAACCGUGCGUGUUCCUCGAGCCCUGCAGCCUUAUCUGGGUCUGGAAGUGAUUGAGAAGCCAAAGUACACUCCACUGAAAUACAUCGGACCCAACCAGCACAGUCGACCGUCCAGGCCUGGUCCCAAAACCAGGUGAAACCCUACCAGAGGAGGCGUGGGAAAACGAGGUGCAAACCAGGACAUUCUCUUCCUGGUGAAACGCACAGAGCAGUCCGAGAUAACAUAAAAAGUGGAAUUGCUGUAUGUCUAUUUUCUUCAAAUGAAAUAAAUCUACUUAAAUUGUG